UUUCUACGCACCCAGUAUGACAAAGCCCAACGCAUUGAGAAGGGGCGCAAGGGGUCCUCUUUCAAGUUACACUUUUUUGCAAACAGCAUACCUGGCAGUCCGGAGUUCGUCCCAUAGCAGAUGGUAUCCACAUCGCUUGGACGAGAAGGCGGCUCGAGGAGGCAUCGGGGAACGUGGACUGCGUCGGUUUUGAGACCGUCGCCUACACUAGCAUUUGACGCCUUCCUGCCUCCGUCGCCGGCGCCGUUUGCAGCCGUUACGGAGCCGGUCCCACCCCGGGAACGGGAACACGUCCUUGGCCGGCAAAACUUCGGGCAAGGGUAUGGUCCGUGCUUGCUGAGUCAUCAAUUGCAGUUGUGCGAAAGGCAAGGUUUUGCGACGGACGUAGCAAACCGCCACCUAGGCUUGCUGGGAUACUUCUCCCAGAUCCCCCGGCCCGGCUCGCAAAUUCCUCGGGCGGACGUCCUCCCGGUUCUAGCUUUCUUUGCGUACGCCAUAUGUGGCUUUGAUCGAAACCAUGACUUCAGACCAAAUGAUGGCGUUGUGAGCACCGCAUCAAUGGAUGGUCCAGACGGAGGUCGUAUCUCCCAUGCCAGGGGAAGGUUCGCAGCCCGGCUCCAUCGAAAUGGACCGGCCAACGUGAAGGGAAUAUACUGGAACUUUGGAUCCAAUUCCAACGAUAGACCAUGCCGACCAAAUCGGCACACCGAAAGACGCCGCCUAUGCGGGAGCUCUCAAUGGUGAAGUUGGAAUCGAGUUGGAGUUGAGUCAGGCUGGGCUGCAUGGAG